AUGAUGACCAUGAACAGCAAACAACAUUUUUCCAUGCACCCCGCGCUACAGGAACCCAAAUAUUCGAGCCUCCACUCAAGUCAGGAAUCUAUGCGCAGAGUUUGCCUUCCGCCCCCACAGCUCCAGGGCAAUAUAUUCGGAGGUUUUGAUGAGAGCCUGUUGGCCCGUGCGGAAGCUCUCGCGGCUGUUGAUAUCGUCUCUCACGGCAAGACCCAUCCUUUCAAGCCAGACGCCAGCUACCAUACCAUGAGUAGUAUUCCCUGCACUUCAACCACCUCUACUGUGCCCAUUUCUCACCCAUCUACGCUCACUUCCCAUCACCACGUCCAUCAAACAUUGGAGGGAGAUCUGUUGGACCACAUUUCCUCUACAUUGAAUGGAAUGGGGGGACCGGAUCCGUCGGUGAUGUCGGCGCAAGUACACCAGCAUCAAGUACUUCAGACCAUGAGUCAUCUGCACCAAGCCAUGGGCAUGGGCCAUCCACAUUCCCUGCCCACGCACAAUGGGAUGACCUGCAUCAAUGACGUGGAAUCUGACCCUCGAGAGCUCGAAGCCUUUGCUGAGCGUUUCAAGCAAAGGAGAAUCAAGCUUGGAGUUACCCAGGCAGACGUUGGUUCUGCCCUCGCAAACCUGAAGAUACCUGGUGUUGGUUCUCUAAGCCAGAGCACCAUCUGCAGGUUCGAGUCCCUGACUCUAUCUCACAAUAACAUGAUUGCCCUCAAACCCGUCCUUCAAGCUUGGCUAGAAGAGGCGGAGGCGGCACACCGAGAGAAAAACGGCAAGCCAGAGCUUUUUAAUGGUAACGAAAGGAAGCGAAAACGUACCUCAAUAGCAGCACCAGAGAAACGCUCCCUGGAAGCAUAUUUUGCAAUUCAGCCCCGUCCAUCUUCAGAAAAGAUCGCGGCAAUUGCUGAAAAGUUGGACCUUAAAAAGAACGUGGUCCGCGUUUGGUUUUGUAAUCAAAGACAGAAACAGAAGCGGAUGAAAUAUUCAGCGGUACAUUAA